AGCCCUGUGAUCUGGACAGUAUUCUGCUUGCUGUUACCAAGGAAGCUCAAGAUGAAUCCUACUGAGAACAGCCAGAGCUUCUUCAACCUUCCAGCCAGCCCUCAGGCCCAGAGGGAGGAAAGGGGCCUGGAGGGUGACCAGGCCCCCAUAGCUGCCGGGAGCCAGGUGGCUGCUACUGCAAGCACCUCAGGGAAUGUGUCUGCCGGAGGAACACUCAGUUCUCCCCAGAGUGCUGAGAGAGCCUCCUCUCCUCCCACUGCCAUGGGAGGGGCUUCUGGUGAGGCCUCUGGCAACCAAGCAGGAGGGGUGGCUGAGCCUGAGUAUCCCUCGCAGGGUAUACUAAAUGGAAAGAUAGUUGAUUUGGUGAGAUUCCUACUCAUCAAGUUUCGAAGGAUGGAGCUAGCCACCAAGUCAGAAAUGAUGAAUAGGGCCAUGAGAGAUUAUGAGGAAUACUAUGCUGUGAUCUUUAGUAAGGCUUCUGAGUGUAUGAGGUUGAUCUUUGGUAUUGACAUGAUGGAAGUGGACCCGUUUGUCCACUCCUAUUUCCUUUAUCCUACCCUGGGAAUCACCUAUGAUGGGAUGAUGCACGGGGUUGUAGGUGUACCCAAGACAGGCCUGCUUAUAAUUGUACUAUGCAUCAUCUUCAUAGAAGACAAUUGUGUCAGUGAGGAGGUGUUCUGGAAUGUGUUGAAUAGCCUAGGGCUGUAUGCUGGGAUGGAUCAUUUCAUAUUUGGGGAGCCCAGGAGUCUCAUCACUGAGGAUUUUGUCCAGGAAGGGUAUGUGGAGUACAGGCAGGUACCCAACAGCUGUCCCCCUCGCUAUGAGUUCCUGUGGGGCCCAAGGGCCUAUGCAGAAACCACCAAGAUGAAAGUCUUGGAAUUUUAUGCCAGCAUUGUUAAGCAGGAUCCUAGAUCCUACCCUGAGAAGUAUGCAGAGGCUUUGAGGGAGCAGCAAGAGCGAGUCUAGGGCAGAGAAGCCCAGCAGAUAAAAGGCACUACUGUUCUGACCAGCACAAGUUCUACUGAACUAGCAGUUUCCAAUCCCUGUUAGGUCAGGCAGAGGAGUAAAGUAAGUAGUCAAAUGCUGGGAAAAAGAGUGAAACUUUCCUUUCUUAGUAUUCUGUUUGAGUGACUUGAGGAGGCUCAUUAUUUUUAAGAUUUUGCUACUUUCAUUACAAAGUUAAUUUGCUUGAGA